GUGAUAUCAACUUCGUUCUACACGUCGUACCCAUUAAAGAGAGAAAUAAGCAUUUAAUCAAAUGAUUGCUUGAUCACUUAAUCUUACAUUAUAUACUCGAAAAUCAAUUCUUUCAAAAUCAUUGUUGAGGCAUUUUCCCCAUUUCUAUCCCAACAACACAUACAACACCUCCAGGACAGGCACCUCUACAAGAUAAUGCAUUCAUAUCCUCCUUACCAUCUUACCAACGAUGUGUAUCGUCCAUACACUGUUCCUUACACGCCACUUCUAUGCUAUAUUCUAUCUUACCAUUUUGGCCCGGCCGGAACUGGCCCAAUUUCACCCUCAGGACAUCAAUUCCUGAACUCAGUCGCCCCGGGCUUUAUGCCAAAUCCGCCACAAUAUUCUACGCCGCACCCUCGUAUAUCAUACCACCACCAUCCACACUAUCACAUAUAUCGAGACGAAUAUCCGCCAUGGGUACCACCCCAAUAUCAUGAUUAUAAUUACGUUUAUCCAUACCAUCACACACGCCGACGCGGACAUGGACAUCAUUGAGAUCAUAAGUCAGCGGGAUUCUACCAAGAUAUCUGUG